AAAAUAAGGUUAACCGAGAUGAACAACACAGCAGCAAUCGACUGGGGGACAGAUCACAACCCGGGUUUGACUAACGGGUCCGAGUCCUUACUGAGACGGGUCCACUCCGGGCUCGAUCCGCCGGAUUCGAGAUGCUCCAUAGUGAGCGGAGACUACCUCUACUACCACUACGGCUGUGACGGCCAGGACGACCGAGGCUGGGGAUGCGGCUACCGCACCGUGCAGACCAUGGCCUCCUGGCUGUGCUUCAGCCGUGAGUCAGGUCGACCCCCUCCGAGCCUCCCGGACAUCCAGCAGGCCCUGGUCUCCAUGGGCGAUAAAGAGGACUCGUUUAGGGGGUCCCGGGGAUGGAUCGGGACGUUUGAAGCGUCGCUCGUUCUCGAUUUCUUCUACGACGUGCCGUGCAGGGUGGUGCAUGUGCGGGGUGGAGGUGCGGAGCUGGAGGAGGUGGCCGUCCAGGAGCUCCAUCGGCACUUUGAGACGCACGGGUCCCCGGUGAUGAUGGGAGGGGACAGGGACAACUCGUCUAAAGGGAUACUGGGAGUGUGUAGUGGGAAGCAUGGGAGCAGUGUUUUGGUAGUUGACCCGCACUACUACGGAAAGCCGCUGGAGAAAACUGAGUUGCAAACGCACGGUUGGGUUCGUUGGAUAAAAGUUUCCUCCCUUGACCAAUGCUCUUUUUACAAUUUGUGUCUUCCACUCACUGGGAAGAGACACGUUUAAUGGCUCGCUCACUUACGGGCCCGCAGUUAUGGAGAUACGGCGCCACCGUGUGGCCAAGAGAGUUGUUGCACUAAUGUACCGCACAGAUGUAGAGAAGCGAUUUUGUUCAAGCUUUUUAUAAAGUAAUUUAACAAAUAAUGUAUAAGUCUCCUGGAAUAUCACAGGUCUCUCUUGUGCUAUUCAUUAAGACCAAAAUAAAUCUGAUAUUCAUUUCGGUGUUA